UGAGUUAUUUUAAGCGAAGACCAGUCCUAGCUCUUGACUUGCCAGUGUGAGACGGUUUAUAAUCAGUUAUCCACGGCGUAGCGGUUUGAUUCUAUGGUGUCGUUCACGCUGUUGGUCCUUGAGGCCGCUCCAUCAGUAAGACUGAGAAGAGUAAACAGUGAAAAUCAUUUUCAAGUCAAUACCUACUUCUGUAUCAUCUAAAUCAAGUGCUCAGUGCCUGAAGGUACAGAGUAGUUGUGGGCAGUAGGCAGUCAGUACGUAGGUAGUCGUAGUUAGUACUGAGGCCUAUCGCGUCCGUCAAUAUCGCGCUGACCGCCUGGGGCUGCCGUUGCCCCUCACAAACGCGAUGAUUUCGUGGGACAAAAGAGUUGAAUUCUAACCGCCGUGAAUUGCGUCCAGGUGGCUCAUCUUCGCGUCUUCAAUUCCAUCUGAUCCAGCACAGAGAGGGGCAGACUAUCACAAGUCUACUAACUCAUCUCCAUUUAUUGACCUGCCAUGGAGCAAGAGCUCCUUCCGCUGCUGGCGGACACGCAGUCCCCCACGGCCGAUACUAGGAAGCGUGCUGAGCUUCAGCUGCUCCGGCUCUACGCGAACGAGGCCUUCCCUCUAUCUCUGGCGGCGAUUGCAUCGCAUGAGUCCGUGCCGACCAGUCUUCGCCAGUCUGCCCUCUCCGUGCUGCGGACGUUCAUUGCCGCCGCCUGGUCCCCGACUCUCGACGAGUUCAAGGGCCAGGUCCUCGUCAACGACGCGAACAAGACCCAGAUCCGGCGCGUGCUUCUCGAGCUGGCGACGACCAUCGAGACUUCCGAGCGUAAGGUCAAGAAUUCCGCCAGUUACGCGGUCAGCAAGAUUGCCAGCGCCGAUUUUCCCGAGCAGUGGCCUGAAUUGCUCCCCUCGCUGUUACACAUCAUCAACGACCCGGCCGCGAGCGCGAGCGCGUUGCACGGCGCCUUGAAAGUCCUGCUGGAUCUUGUCGACACCGGCUUUAGUGAGGACCAGUUCUUCAAUAUCGCUCGAGACCUUGUUGCGACCCUCUUCGCCGUCGCCACAAAUGAGUCCAGAAAGCCCAUUCUUCGGGCAUUGGCCGUCGCCGUGUUUCGCUCGUGUUUCGACACCUUGGAGAUGGUCUUGGAGCAGCACAAAUCCGCCGUCAAGCAGUUUAUGGAUGAGGUCCUUUCCGGAUGGACUCCCUUCUUCAUCUCCACGCUCAAGGCCCCGCUGCCGCAAGCCCCUAGCGACGAGGAAGAAUCAAAAGAUGGCGAUAUUCCGUCCCUAUGGCGUGGUGUCAUCGGACUGAAGUUACAGGUGGCCAAGACUAUCAUGAAAAUUCGUAUGGUCUUCCCAGGCCUCAUCACGGCCCAGAGCCCUGCGUACUUCGACAUCAUCUGGACGGAGCUAUCCAACAUUCAAAGCGCCUACCAUGAUUUCUACAUCCACGGUGAUAGACAAGGUCGCUUGGAAGAUGUGGAUGGGCUCCCCAUUACCCUAGACUUUUUGGUGUUGGAGGAACUCGACCUGAUGCAGACCCUCAUCAAGGCGCCUCCUGUCAAAAAUGAGCUGCAGAAACAGCUUCAGAAUGCCGGCCAGACGGCGGUAACUGCCAGCUGGCUGACCGAGGUCUUGAAGCUGGCUGUUUCAUACGCCCAAAUCACCACAGAGGAGGAAGGGCUGUGGGACAUUGAUACUAAUCUUUUCCUGUCUGAAGAGACCUCCGUCACCGCGAAUUACACUCCACGCACAUGCAGCGGUGACCUUGUGGUCAAACUGGGUGAAUGGCUCAAGACAACGACUGCGGAGGGCAUGCUUGCCUAUAUGAACGGUUUAUUUGCCGAUACGUCCUCUUCUUGGAAAUUCCGGGAGGCUGCUCUCUACAUUCUGAACCAGCUCUUGCGAGAUUUCAGCGAGGUGUCGCAGUACAUUCCGGCAGAGCUGGCCAAUGGGUUGAACCAAUUUAUCCAGCAUGCUGUUCAGCGGGAAGAAGACUUCUUGAGGGCUCGCGGCUACCUGACGGCUGGUGCGCUGGCCAAGGUUUCCGGGAAUGUCUUCAAGCAAGCCGCGGCCUCAUACCUGGAAGGCGCCCUCAAGGCCAUAUCGGAGGACCCAUCCGAGCUGGUGCAGGUGUCUUGUAUUCGGGUCCUGCAGGAUCUUAUCCCCUCGGUGCCUUCGAGUUCCAUCGGCUCGCUGCAGAUCUCGAUCAUCUCAGCCCUCUCCGCGUUCAUCGCCGCGCACGACCUCCGGGAACCCACCGAUAGCGACGAUCUCAAGGUGACACUGGCGGAGACGCUUCGGGAUACCAUCAUGGUGGACCCGAACGUGGUGCUGUCGUCGACGGCAAUCGACCUGCUGUUCAGCAUAGCCAGCAGCGGCGCCACGAACUUCCAGCUCGUGAUGAUUGUGACGGAGGCGUUUGAGGAUAUGGUCGAGGCCAUCGCGCAAUACGGCUCCGACGCGUACACCCGACUGUGCGAAAAGGUGCUGCCCUCCAUCACGAGUGCGAUCGACGUAGGCAACCUGACACAGGAGAAUGCACUGACGAAUCUGGCGGCGGACCUGCUCCGCGCACUGGCGGAACGCGGCAUCGACCCGCUGCCGAGCGGAUUCGUGGACGGGGUGAUGCCGAAGCUGACCCGGUUACUGCUGGACUCUCACGACGCGGAGCUGAUCCGCCCGGCGACCGAGGCAGUGCGCCACCUGCUGUCGCAUGACUUCAACCAGUUUAUCGGGUGGCAGGACCCGGAGACGGGUAAGGGGGCGCUCGAGGUGGUGCUGAUCAUCAUCGACCGGCUGCUGGGCCCAACGGUGGAGGACAACGCGGCGGUGGAGGUUGGGCAGCUGGCGGCGGAGCUGGUGGAAAAGGCCGGGUCGGAGCGACUGGGGCCUUUCCUGCCGCAGCUGCUCCAGGCGGUGGCGCAACGGCUGUCGACGGCGCAGCAAGCGCAGUUCAUCCAGAGCCUGAUCCUGGUGUUUGCGCGGCUGACACUGAUCAGCGCGCAGGAGGUGGUGGAUUUCCUGGCGCAGGUGGACCUGGGCGGGCAGAGCGGUCUGUCCGUGGUGCUGGGCAAGUGGCUGGAGAACUCGGUCAACUUUGCCGGGUACGACGAGAUCAAGCAGAACAUCCUGGCGCUCGCCAAACUGUACAACCUGGCGGACCCGCGGGUGGCGCAGGUGCAGGUCAAGGGCGACCUGAUCAUCCAGGACACGGGGCGGAUCAAGACGCGGUCCCAAGCACGCCGCAAUCCGGACCAGUACACGAGCGUGUCGGCGCCGUUGAAGAUCGUCAAGGUGUUGGUGGAGGAGCUGGGGGCGGCCACGGGUACGCAAAGCCUCGACGCCGCCACGGCGGCCGCCAUGGGGGGAACCAGAAGCGGCGAUGUCGGCGAUGACGAUGACGAUGACGAUGACGACGACGACGGCGAUGAUGAUGAUGAUGAAUGGGAGGAUAUGCCGGGCACGACGCUGGAUCUCAGCCUCGGAGUCACCAAGCAGGAGCUGAUGGCGUUUGGCGAGGGGGGUUCGGAGGGAGUGUUUGGGGUGCGCCAGCGUGACGACGAGACGCAGGCCUUCCUGCUCGACUUCUUCCGACACGCCUCCUCCCAACCGGGAUUCCAGGAGAUGUUUGGGGGGCUGAGCGAGAGCGAGCGACAGAAGCUCCAGGAACUGGCGCGGUAUUCUUAGUGCCUGCAGCAGUAGUCGUGACACAAUCGAAGGAUGAUCUACCACAACGCACAACAGAUCAUACAAUAAAAUAAACAAUAGACCC